AUGACAUCUGAAGGCAAUACAAGUGUAACAAUUAACAAGAAUAGUGAUAUCACUAGUAGCAACCAAGGUGAUAAGAAUAUCACAGAGAGUUUGCUAAAAGAAAAUCCUAAAGAAGACACAGUGUCUGAUGAAAUUUUGGAGGAAAACAAGAAUCUUAUGGCGGAAGUGUUCGAUUUGAAGGCGCAACUGGUUUCGCUAAAAAAACUAAUACCAGCAGUAGUGGACAAUGAAGGCAAUGAUUUCACGUACAGAUACAUUGCAAUGCAAAUGGAAUUGAAUCAGAUGAAAGCUCAAAAAACAGAAUUGGAAGUAUUAUGGAAAUGUCAACAGGAGAAGUAUAAUGAAGAGAAAUCAAAAUUGGAGUGUGAAAUGGGAGAAUGGAAGAAGAAAGCUAUAAAAAAUGAUGAACUUACAUCUGAAGUGCGACAACUGCGCCAGCAGUUAGUUGAAAAGGACAACAAAAAUAAGAGAGAAUUUGAAUUCAUGUUAGUUAAGCAGCGCAACGAAACAAUGAAAGCUGAAGUGGCCAAAUUUCAACAUAUUGCGGAAAUGGCUGAACUGAAAGCGGAACAUAGACGAGAGAUUUUUGAAGAGAAACUGUCAAAAGCACGUGAAAUCAAUGAAAUAAUAAUAAAUGAGCGCUCUCGGACUUGUCGUACAAUUAUGAAAUUAUUGAAAUGGACGAUGAGUAAAGUUCUACCAGAGUAA